UAUUUAUUCAUCAUCGUUGAAGUACUUAAGUUUUAUAUCGAGUUAAAAAAAAUCAUGCAGUAGUAAUAUACAAUGUAUCGGCAAUAGUAAUGUAUAUUAAGUAUUAGUACUAUACUAGCAUUGUAACGUUGGGAGCGACUCUCGAAGUCCACGGAAAACCAUCACGCAAUCGUGUGUUCGGGACUUAUCGGGAAUCCUCGGCGAGGUCAAGUGGAGGAAAUGCCGCCCAUAUUAGGAAAUGUUCCCCGGGGCAGUCGGCUGGAGUCCACAGCAGCGUCGCACGGAGCUCCUUUUUCCACAACUACUCACUUACUAAAUUAAUAACAUUCAUCAUAUUAACACGCCAUCAUGGCCCAGGCCAAAAUACAAGCCAAACUCAACGAAGCGACGUGCAGCAAGUUCAACAGAACUUUGUCCAUGGCGGACCGGGCUGGACAACUUCUGGCUAAUUUGGAUCAGCUGGAGUUGAGGGUGGAGGCUUUGCGCGAAGCCGCCUCGGCCAUGGAGCAGGAAAGGGAGUGCAUCCUGGAAAUGAUUCAAUCCUUACAGAACAGUCAAGAAAUGCACAACAUCAGUGCCGGUGAGAAAGAAGAGUUAACGCUGACCGCCGACCGCCUGAUGGGCCGUACCUUGUCGGUGGAGAUCACCGUGGGGACCACCAGGAGCAGCCAGCAGGAGGAGGCCUUGCAGAACGCCACGUCCAUCAUCGACAACGUCGUUCAGAAGCUCCUGGUGGACAUGGCGGGCUCCAGGCUGCGGCUGCUGGCCCUGUACUCGGCCUGCGUGACCGAGGCCCCGCCCGUGCCCGUGGACCAGAAGUUUCAGGCCGUGGUGAUCAGCUGCGCUAUGGAGGACCAGAAGAAGAUCAAGAGAAGGCUGGAGACACUGCUGAGGAAUGUUGAAAACGCAGAGAAGAAUAUUAAGAUCAUGGAUCACCAAAAGGUAGAGGAUCCAAAAGUCAAUGGCAGUCAAUAAAUAGACGGUCAUCUAUACGUUUUUUACUUUGGGGCCAAAAAUCUAGCACGAAGAAGUGACCUAACUACAGUGGGGCAAAAAAGUAUUUAGUCAGCCACCGAUUGUGCAAGUUCUCCCACUUAAAAUGAUGACAGAGGUCUGUAAUUUUCAUCAUAGGUACACUUCAACUGUGAGAGACAGAAUGUGAAGAAAAAAUCCAGAAAUUCACAUUGUAGGAAUUUUAAAGAAUUUAUUUGUAAAUUAUUGUGGAAAAUAAGUAUUUGGUCAACCAUUCAAAGCUCUCACUGAUGAAAGGAGGUUUUGGCUCAAAAUCUCACGAUACAUGGCCCCAUUCAUUCUUUCCUUAACACGGAUCAGUCGUCCUGUCCCCUUAGCAGAAAAACAGCCCCAAAGCAUGAUGUUUCCACCCCCAUGCUUCACAGUAGUUAUGGUGUUCUUGGGAUGCAACUCAGUAUUGUUCUUCCUCCAAACACGACCAGUUGAGUUUAUACCGAAAUGGAUACAUGGAUGAUACAGCAGAUGAUUGGGAGAAUGUCAUGUGGUCAGAUGAAACCAAAAUAGAACUUUUUGUUAAAAACUCAACUCGUCGUGUUUGGAGGAAGAACAAUACUGAGUUGCAACCCAAGAACACCAAACCUACUGUGAAGCAUGGGGGUGGAAACAUCAUGCUUUGGGGCUGUUUUUCUGCUAAGGGGACAAGACGAUUGAUCAGUGUUAAGGAAAGAAUGAAUGGGGCCAUGUAUCGUGAGAUUUUGAGCCAAAACCUCCUUUCAUCAGUGAGAGCUUUUAAUGGUUGACCAAGUAAUUAUUUUCCACUAUAAUUUACAAAUACAUUCUUUAAAAUUCCUACAAUGUGAAUUACUGGAUUUUUUUUCACAUUCUGUCUCUCACAGUUGAAGUGUACCUAUGAUGAAAAUUACAGACCUCUGUCAUCAAUUUAAGUGGGAGAACUUGCACAAUCGGCUGACUAAAUACUUUUUUGCCCAGCUGUAUAUGUUCUUUUUUAGCAACCCAUGACUCACUUUUAAGUCCUUUUGAAAUACCUCAAUGCAUGGAAACACAUUCAACUGAACCUCAUAUUUGCAUGAAAAUGUUUUUAAUUAGCACGUGUGCCAGUGGUUAUAAUAAAAUGACAUUGUUUUUG